UUGGCUAAUGGCUGUGACCCCCUGCGCGCAGGUCUGGUGGCCAGUGUUUCACUGCUCUCCGUGACGGCAGUAUGGAGCCCACCCUGGGCAUUCCUUUAACUACAUAACUUAUACCUGCGUGUGUAUCUUUAUACUAUUCUAGCCUCGCCAUUCCGCCGUCGUCUUACAACAUGGCUACGGCCUCUCAAGUAUUGCAGAGGGAGAAGUAUCCAUUCGGGGAAGCCCAGCCGGGCCUGGUUAGAAUGGAACCAGCAGACUCGGUGGGCGUGUGGGCGACUCUGACGAAGGUUGUGUCUGCUGCAGGCGGUAAGGUCUCCAUCUGCAUGGGUUGUGGGGCCGUCAUCAACGACCAGUACAUCCUGAGGGUGGCGCCCGACAUGGAGUGGCACGCCGCCUGCCUCAAGUGCGCCGAGUGCCAGCAGUUCCUCGACGAGACCUGCACCUGCUUCGUCCGGGAGGGCAAGACCUACUGCAAGAGGGACUACGUCAGAUUAUUCGGUGCUAAGUGUGAUAAGUGUGGCGGGGGCUUCAGCAAACAAGAUAUGGUCAUGAGAGCGAGGUCGAAAAUCUUCCACAUAGAAUGUUUUAGAUGCAGAUCUUGUGGGAAACAGCUCCUGCCAGGCGACGAAUUUGCUUUACGAGAAGACGGACUCUUCUGCCGCCACGACUACGACGCCAUCAAGGAGGAGGUCCCAGACGACGAUAUUAUGGACGACAACCACAACACCGAUCCGGGUUUCCCUGUCCAGUUAGCAGAGGAGCCCGAACUCGCCACCAGCCAGGAGGGCAGCAGACCCAGCACGGCCGGUGCCCCGACAGUCGAAGGCCGAGGCGAGACGGAGGGCAGCAGCGACGGAGGCACCAGCGGAGGCGAAGGCGGAGGAGGAGGAGGUGGUGGUGGAGAAGGAGAUGGAGGUGGAGAUAGUGGAGGAGGAGGAGGUGGUGGUGGUGGUGGUAGGGUUGUGGUAACAGGUGCAGGACCUGGUAGUGGAGGGAGUGUUGGAGGAGGAGGAGGAGGAGGAGGAGGUGGUGGUGGUAACGGAGGCGGCCUGGGCCUGACCAGGAAGGACACGACCGGCCGGGUGCACAAAAGCGAAGGCAAACCCACCAGAGUGCGAACGGUGCUCACGGAGAAGCAGCUGCAUACGCUCAGAACGUGCUACGCCGCCAACCCGCGACCGGACGCCCUCAUGAAGGAGCAGCUGGUUGAGAUGACGGGCCUCUCGCCGAGGGUCGUCAGGGUGUGGUUCCAGAACAAGAGGUGCAAGGACAAGAAGCGGGCUCUCCUCAUGAAGCAAGCGGCUCUGCACAGCGAAAAGAUUGCCAGCAUCAAUAUGAACCCUGGAGAGCCAAAACCCCAGUGCCAGACACCUGGGGCGCAUCCCGGGCUUUGCGGUGCCCUAGGCCAACAGCGGAGGGAAAUUAUGCGUUGUUUCUCAUUGGUUGGGAAAAAGAAGAGGAGGAGAGGAGGAGGAGGAGGUGGGGGAGAGGAGGAGGAGGGGGGUAUAUCUGUUAAGGAGUUGAUGGGAACCCUCGGGGUACACAACACCCCUUCCGAGAGCUCUUGUGGUAUAGGAUACCCCAGUAUCUUCAUCAGCCGCCCCCAAAAACGCCAAUACCCAACGCCCGUACCACACCAGCAGCAGUGGGGCAACCCCUGCACCAUCAUCUUGGGCAAGGCCGUCGUCCCUGGGACUUUAUCAUUGGAAGGCAUUUCCUCUAUAAACACCAGGUCUCCCUCGAGGCGAUUGCUGGAGAGAUAG